GUGAUCCUAAGAGUGUUCAGAGAAUCAGGCCUCUGACCAAGGUGAGGAAGGAGGAAGAUUCCUUAGACAUUGAUUUCUGGACAGCAUGAGCACCCGGGCCGCCCGGCCCCGAAGCCGGCGAGGGAGGCACGCCCUGCCUGCUGAGCUGGACCCUGUGGCAGAGAGUUCAGAGGAGGCAGAGGCAGUCAGUGGCAGCUCUGAGCUGGGCCCUGCGCCAUUACAGGAGAGCGGCAAGCUGGAGCUGGGCCCAGAGGCAAAGACUGCUGUGCAGAGCCUGGGCAGCAGGACUAAGGAAGAAGCUGGUGGGGAUGCUAACAAGAAACUGGCCUCUGCCCCCAAAGGGCCCCAUGGGGCAGCAGAAGUCCACCAGGCCCCAGAGGCUGUCCAGCAGGGCAAGGAGACAGUCUCCCUGGAGCCUGGGGAUGUGUUUCAGACUUUGCAUCAAGCUCUGAGCUCCCUGGAGGCCACAGCUGCUGCCUGGCGCCUCCAGCCCCAGAGCUGCCCUGAGCCCGUGGAGGUGGAGGGCAGAAAUGAAGGCGGCCCACGGCCCUGCUUGGAACAGGAGAGGGCCGGGGGUUGCCAGCGGGAGGCUGCCCGCCUGGCAGAGAGGAAUGCCUGGUUGCGCCUGGCCCUAAGCAGCCGAGAAGACGAGCUCACUCGAAUGCAGGUCUCCCUGCAGGCUACCCAGGCUGAGAAGGAAGCGCUGCAGAGAGAGGUCCAGGAGUUGCAAGAUUCCUUGCUGAAGCUAGAGCCCUUCCCACCUCCCCCCCAAGGCCAAGGAGGGGGCUCGGGCAGUGGUUCUAGCAGCUCUGGGGCAGACGGAGAACCCUGGGGGACACAGCAGGACCCCUUCUCCCUGGCUCACCCGCUGCUCCGGCGUCUCCGGAGUGACUGCAGCACCCAGAUGGCUGGUCCACUUCCCACUCGGGCCCUUGCCCCUGAGAUGCACAUCAUGGAAGCCCAGGUGGAGCAGCUCCGGGGGAGCAUUGAGAAACUCAAAUGCUUCAACCGUCUGCUGUCAGCUGUGCUCCAGGGGUACAAGGGCCGGUGCGAGGCCCUCAGCAUGCAGCUGGACCAGCGGGAGGCGGAGGCUACUGCCCUGCAGCUGGCCCUGCAGUACAGUGAGAACUGCGAAGAGGCGUAUGGGGCCCUGCUCACUCUCCAGGAGGUGGGCUCAGGAGCAGAAGUGCCCAUGGGAGAUGUGGAGGCAGCUGAGAAGGAAGCCCAACGGCUGCUGGCACAAGAGAAGGCCUCCCUGGAAGGACAGACACUGCUGGACCCACAGCCCAGCCCAGAGGGUAGCAGUGUGGAUAGGCCCACGCCGCAGGAGGUGGUUUCCCAGCUCCGAGGCUAUGUCCAACGUCUCCAGGAGCACCGUGCUCUGGUGAAGAUUCCCCCAGAGCCAGGCCCCACCUUGGCACCCAUGUCCACUGUACCCCGUGCAGAAGCCAUGGUGCAGGCCGUUCUGGGGUCCCAGCCUGGCCCAGCUCUGCCCCAGUUGAAGAAGACGCAGAUCCAGCAGGACCUGGCAGCCACACGGGAGACCCUCGCAGACUUGACGCUGCAGCUGCAGCUGGUGCGGCGUGAGAAGAGGGGCCUGGAGCUCCGGGAGGCUGCCCUCAGAGCCCAGGGGCCUGCCCACAUGCUUCUGCUGGAGCAGCUGCGGUGGGAGCUGGCGCAGCUUCAGACUGGGGGGGCCAAUAGCAGUGGUGGAGACAGCAGUGGAGGAGGGAGCAGCAGAGAUGAGGAGGACUGGUCCCAGGGUCCUCCUGCUGUCUCUGGUGGCAGCAGGGGCUCUGGUGGUGGCCAGGUGAGCAAAGUGAAGGAACAAGAGGAGCUCGCCCAGGAGCUGUCGGCAUCUCUCACCCGGGCUCGGAGUCUGUGGCAGCAGCUGCAGUCUCUUCGGGAAGAGCUGGAAAAGGUGGCUCAGAAGGGGCGAACUAAACGUGCUCAGAGUGCUGAGUUGAACAGUGACUUGUGCAAGGCUCACAGCUCCUUGGUCCUGGCCUUCCGGGGAGCACAUCGCAAGCAGGAGGAACAACGCAGGAAGCUGGAGCAGCAGGUGGCGCUAAUGGAGGCCCAACAGGCAGAGGAGCUGGCAGGCUUAGAAGCGAUUGCAAGGGCCCUGGGGAAGCCCAGGUCACCCCCCCUUCCUCCCCAGUCAGGGGAGACCUUCCUGUAGGUCCUGUGCCUGGCCAUGUCAGAACAUGCUACACAGUUGUGGCAGGCCAUGUCAUAAACUACCCU